AUGACAGUUUGUGUACAUUUCCAACAGGGUCGUUGCAGAUACGGAGAUCGAUGCAGAAAUGAACAUCCGGGUCAAGUAACGUCUAGCGCAGCAGCGAAUCGCUUCAGUGUCCUCGGUUCGAACCCCCUGUCUGCUGCAAACAAUGGAAGCAAUCAACAGCAACAAGACAAAUCCGCCAGUUUUCACGUGACAGCUGAGGGUAUCCAACUAGACCUCACGCUGGGGAAGGAGCGCCCUGGAUGGAUCUUUUCUGCAUAUGGCCCUGGGAAAAACGCACCCAGGCAGCUCUUCGGCGGCCCAUCUCGAGAGCAGAGCUUCGAGGAAAUGCGUUUGCGACAUUAUGAGUCUGCAGCUGCUGGAAAUGUCAACAUGGCUGUCCAAGAAGCACAGAAGCUGCAUGAUGAAACUGUCAAUCAAAUCCAGACCAUCUUAAACGACCUCAAGGGUGCCGUCAAAUAUGUGCUUGAUGGACAGAAUGAACAUCCAAAUCGUAUUGAUAUUAUUGAGGGCAAAUCACCUGCUCUCUCCUCAUUCGUACAGCGACCAAGUGCGGUUUCAUCGACACCAGCUUUCGGACAAGCCAGUAGUAGCAUUGGCAGUUCAAUACAGGGUGCACCAACUGCUGCUUUCGGACAAGCAUCAGUACUCGGCCAAAGCCAACCUACCUUUGGAAGACCUUCGGGAUUGGGGACGUCAGCAGCCGGUACUUCCUUUGGAACGCCCCCAAGGCUAGAAGCAGCGCAGCCGGCCCUUGGUAAGCCUGCAUUUGGGCAGCCAUCCUUCGGUCAACCAGCUUUUGGACAACCUUCAGCAAUGGGCGGUUCUGGGUUUGCGAGUGCAGCAGCUGGCCCGUCCCCGUUCUCUCAAGCUACUCAACCGAACCCACUUGCGGGUGGCAACUUUGGCCAGUCUUCAACUUUCGGACAAGGGGCUCAGAGUCAAUUGACAUCCUCCCCAUUUUCUCAAAUAGGGAAUCAAGCUACAGCUACUAGCACACUUGGGCAGCCAUCGUCAACCAGCGCAACAUUCGGCCAAUCCUCUCAGACAGUCUCGCCAUUUGCACAACAGCAGCGACCAUCAACAACCAAUCCAUUUGCUCAAACGACCAGUAUAUCAGCGACUCCGAGCGUGUUCGGUAAGCCCACGGCAACUGCAGCACCACCCCCGUCUGUAGUCCCACAACCUCAGGCAAAUCCUGCGAUCAAGGCGCCUCUAGGACCUAAACCCAUCAUCAAAGUCGGUCCCGAAGAAUUGAAUCCCAUUCCCGAUCUGGCGGGCGAUACUGUCCGGGAUGCGAGGACAAACCAACUAAUAAGAUGGAAAGGCCGUGCAGUCGAGUACAAGGAUGGAAGUCCGCGCUAUCUUCAUCCUGCUGAUAAUAAGACUUGGGUACGGAUUUUCUUCUUCGACGGACCGCCAGAUCUUGCAACUCUCAGGGACUGCAGCGAUAAGGAGGAGAAUUACACCGCGGAUGUGACGGAACAAUACCAGUACUUUAUUCAAAAUGGUGUCUUCAAGGAUGGCAUCGUUCCGACUGUCCCACCAAAGACAGGGUGGGUGUCAUUUGAUUUUUGAUCGGUAUCUAGGGUUUCGGAUGGCUGCGAAUGGUAUAAUAGAACUAAACUUCAGGGGGUUCUGUGGCCCUUGGGCCUCGGACAGUCUUUUCCAGAAUCGCAUCAAAAUGCGAUGACAUGACAAAUGACUCUGUAUUGUAUAUUUCUCUAGUGUUUCUCGAAGCCAAGUUUAGAAAAGUGUAUGAUUAACUUAAAGGUGGUUAUGUCCACUACACAUCGCGUAUCUAUAUAGCGAUGUAUAAAAGCCCUCGAAUGGCUGAGCUCUAAGUUAGUUUUUAUAGGGUUCCUUUAACCUUCAGUUAUGAUUAAGUUAGUUAGGUGCUACCU